CAUUGGUGGAUCAUAACUCUGUGACCACCACUCGAAGUUACAUCAACCAAAACUAAAUAAUUUUAAAAAAUUAAAAAAGUUGAAUAGUGCGUGAUCUGAUAUGUUGAAGUCUUACAUUCGAAUACGAAAAUCUGCUUAAAAUUUGGAGUAGUGAAAAAAAUUUUUGGACGUUUUGGUUUUUUAAAUUGAUAAAAUGCGUACAGCAAGUGGUGCAACAUCAAGAUACCUUAUUGGUCUUGUAGUGAUAGUUUUUUUCUGUGGCAAAUUUGGAAACUCUCAACGAGUUAUUUUGCAAUCAUUGUAUCUGGGAGAUUCAGCUAAUUUUAAUACAUCGAGAGAGGAUUGCGUGUGGAAACGUGGUAAUGAUUUGUAUGACAAAUGUCCUGAUCCAGAUAUAAAUCUUUAUUUAUAUACGAAAUUGAAUGGAACAAGACAACAAUUAGACAUUGAACAAGGUGAUUGGUUACGGAACAACGAAUGGGAUCCACAAAAGGAAAAUAUCAUAUUAAUUCAUGGCUAUGCUGGAGGGGAUAACACGCUUCCCAUGUCAGUUCUGCGCGAUGCUUACCUUCGUCAUGGUAAUUACAAUCUAUUUGUUGCUGAUUGGGGUGCAUUAGCAUUACCACCGUGCUAUGUUGCUGCUGUACAUAAUUUGAAGACCGUCGCAAGGUGUUUGGCUGAGAGUUUCACUUUCUUGCGAAAUUCUGGAAUGAAAGUGGAUAGGACAACUUGUGUUGGACAUUCACUGGGAGCACAUAUUUGUGGUUUGAUGGCCAAUUAUUUGAACUUUAGAGUAGAACGAAUUAUUGGACUUGAUCCAGCUCGUCCUCUUAUCAAACCAGGAAACUCUAAUCGAUUAGAUAGUGGUGAUGCUAAAGCUGUUCAUGUAAUUCAUACAAAUGCUGGUUUCUAUGGUGAAACUGGUAAGGUUGGACAUGUGGACUUUUGUGUAAAUGGUGGGAAACGUCAACCAUAUUGUGGUGGUACUUCAACUUUAAUUCUUAAACCAAAGUCCAAGAAAAGCCAAUUUAUUUUGACUUCUAUAAUUAUUGAAAAACGUCAAAAAAUUAAAGAUGCAAAUCUAUGUAGUCACAUUUGGUCAAUAUGCUAUUUAGCUCAAAGUAUUUAUACAAAUCAAGAACCACACGCAGAACCAUGUUCGAGGCGUUGUCCAUCAGGAUUGAGAAGAAUCUCGAGGAGUCAAGCUCAAUAUAAUGUCCGAAAUGCUAUUCCCAUGGGAAUGCAUACACCAAUGAGUGCUUUUGGAUCUUAUUGUUUGAAAGACAAUGCAACACCAUUUUGUCCAAGAACCGAAAAUGAUAUUGGUGACCCUAGAUGUUGUCUAGCUGAUGCGGCCGAAGAAGUCACUGACAAUAGUUUGCGUUUAUUUAGACGAUUAGUUUAAGAAUUUUCAAUAGAGUCUAACUUUACAACACAAUUUCGAUUUCAAUAUAAGACUUGAUUAUUUUAAGUAAAAUUCAUUAAAAAAAAUUAUAAAUUUUUUAGUAUAAUAGUAUCGAAGUUUUAGAAAAGAAAACAAACAGUGGUAUAGUUAAGUAUAAGUAGCUAAUGUUAAAGGGAUAAAAAUGGUACUUUAUUUUUAGGGAAAUAUAUUUUUAAGUUUUUUGACAAAAUGAAAACUCAAAUACAAUUUACAUUGGAAUUAAUUAAGUGAUUUUUUUUAAUUCUUUAAAGUGGUUGGUUUCAUUUACAACACACAAUUUUUUAUAGUUUUAAA